GAAUAAAAUUAGUUUCUUUUUUGUAAUAAGCAAUGUUGUCCUCGGUUACAGUAAAGCAGAUUGGACGUACGAAUGUCAUUACUAAAAUUACGACUGUAUCUCAAGUCCGUUCCAUGCACGAUUUAACAAUUAGAAAAAAGACAGGUCAGCCCAUGAUUAAAUAUGGUCUAGGUGGAAGAUCAAGUACCAAUGGUCAUAUUGCUACUGUUUUUGGUUGUACUGGUUUCUUGGGUCGUUAUGUUGUAAACAAACUUGCCAAGCAAGGUACACAAGUUGUAAUUCCAUUUCGGGAUUCUGAUGAAGCCAGACACCUUAAAGUGACAGGCGAUUUAGGUCAAAUUGCUCCUUUGGAAUUCGAUUUGAGAGAUAAGGAACAAUUAUCUCAAUGUAUUCGUCACUCGGAUAUUGUUUAUAAUUUGAUUGGUCGUGAUUAUGAGACAAAGAAUUUUACUUUUGAUGCAGUUCAUGUCGAUGGUUCUCGCCGUAUAGCUGAAACAUGUGCUGAAAAUGGUGUAGCUCGAUUUGUUCAAGUCUCUGCUUUAGGUGCAUCAGAGGAUUCAUCUUCCAAGUUUCUUCGUUCAAAGGCUUUAGGUGAAAAAGCAGUUCGUGAAAUACUCCCUGAUGCUACUAUUGUUCGACCCGGAAUUAUGUGGGGUCAUGAAGAUCGUUUCUUGAAUGUAAUUGGCUCUGGUAGUGGAUGGCAAUUUUAUGUGAAUGAAGGCAAUACAAAGAUUCGACCUGUUUCUGCUAUUGAUGUUGCUCAUGCACUUGAAGUGAUGUUAACAGCAGAGUCGACGAUAGGUAAGACUUAUGAACUUUAUGGACCCAAAGAAUAUGCUAUCAAGGAAAUUUUUGAACUUGCUCGUGAAAUCACUUUAAAGCCCCUUCCUAUUCGACGUGUGCCCGAUCGUUUGUUAAAGAUGGCUGCUACCCUUGUCGACAAGUUGCCUUACAAUCAAAUGGUUAGCCCUGAUUUGAUUGAAAGAUUAUCCUUAGAUGAGAAGAUUUCACCUGAUGCCCUUACUUUUGAAGAUUUAUAUAUUCAACCUACUACUUUAGAAAGUGUAGCUAUUCAAUUCUUGAGAAGAUUCCGUAGUAAUGCCGUCUUUGAUCUUCCUUUCGAAAAGGGAGACGCCCAGGCCAAGAAGGGACUCUAUCAUGUCAUUGAUUAAAAAAGUAGAAUAGAAAAGAAAGAAAAGAGUUUAUAUUUAUGUAUGAAAAAUCAAAGUUAAAUAAAUUUUAUUUGAAUAUGGUUUA